GGCGUAAAACAAUGGCGUCGAACGUGGUGGUGGUUCUCGACAACGGCGGCGGCCUGAUCAAGGCAGGUAUCGGCGGCGAACGUGAUCCGACGGCCGUGGUUCCAAACUGCACUGCUCGUCCGCUUUCUUCCAAGAAAUUUCUACUAGCGGACCAACUUCUGUCUCCAACGGAAGACCUAACCUCCGCCGUACUCCGCCGUCCCUUCGACCGCGGUUACCUCAUCAACCAAGAGCUUCAAUCUACCAUCUGGUCGCACAUCUUCUCUUCUCUCCUCCAUAUUACGCCUUCCUCCUCCUCACUCCUCCUCACCGAACCCUUAUUCAACCUCCCUUCAAUCCAACGCGCCACCGACGAAAUAGUGUUCGAGGAGUUCAAUUUUAAAUCAUUGUUCGUCUCGGAUUCACCGUCUCUGGUUCAUUUGUAUGAGGCUAGUAGACGCCCUUACGACGUUGUGUCGAAGGCGCAAUGUAGCCUUGUGGUGGACGUAGGGUUUAGUUUCACUCACGCGGCGCCGGUUUUUCAGAAUUUCACGGUGAAUUAUGGCGUUAAGAGGAUGGAUUUGGGCGGGAAGGCGUUGACGAAUUACUUGAAGGAAUUGGUAAGUUAUCGGUCUAUCAAUGUGAUGGAUGAAACUUUCUUGAUGGAUGAUGUCAAGGAGAAAUUAUGCUUUGUUUCAACCGACGUUGCUCGAGAUUUGCAGAUCGCUAGGAGACGUGGAAAUGAUAAUUACUUUAGGUGCACAUAUGUACUUCCUGAUGGUAUCACACAUACAAAAGGAUUUGUAAAAGACCCUGUUGAAGCCCAAAGAUGGCUUACGUUAUCUGAGGAUGGUGAGCUCCCGCACUUGGCAGGAACUGAUGAAGCAGAUCAAACGGAAGUUAAAAGCAAACCAUCAGAAAGGAAUAAAGUUGAUCUUACGAAAAAUGAAUUCAGCUUGAGCAAUGAGCGCUUUCUUGUCCCCGAGAUGAUCUUCCGUCCUGCUGAUUUGGGAAUGAACCAAGCUGGACUGGCAGAAUGUAUUGUCCGUGCUGUUAAUUCUUGCCAUCCUCAUCUUCAUCCUGUGCUGUAUGAAAGUAUCAUUCUAACCGGCGGUAGCACAUCAUUUCCAGGUUUUGCCAAAAGACUAGAAAAUGAGCUACGCCCUCUUGUUCCAGAUGUGUACCAAGUGAAAAUAACAACCCAAGAAGACCCCAUAUUGGGUGUCUGGCGAGGGGGAUCCUUGUUGGCGUCUAGUCCGGAUUUCGAUGCCAUGUGUGUCACCAAGACUGAGUAUGAAGAGCUUGGGUCUUCUCGUUGUCGCAGGCGAUUCUUUCAUUAAUUAGUUCAUAUUUGGAAGCAGGAAAAGAUUGAAAACCCCCAUAGAUGAACCAAGUACGCAGAGGAAAAUAUUGCCGAAAUUUAAGCAGUUCACUUUUCUCUCGAGACUUUUGUCCAAAACUCGACUCUUGACAACAUUUCAAAGACGGAAACGCAGGAAGGAGAGGAAAUCGGGUGGUGGGUGUUGUAUGCAACAAAAUGGAAGAUGACAUCAAAUUGCAACAAAAUUAGGUUCUUUGCCAGCGUAUUGUGUGCUUGAACCGUAACAAAUAAACUCACACAUCAUCUUCACUUUUGGUGAGGUUUGAACCUCUAAACCUCCUAGGAGACUAAAUGCUACGAUACCGCUAGACCAAAGGCCAUUUGGUGUGUAAACUAGAUUUUGAUUGUAACAUGGUAUCAAACGUUUCGGUACUUGUAUAUCGUCUCUAUUUUUCUAUGAUUU